GCCGCGCCCGGGGAGCGGGACGGGCCCGGGGCGGGCGGGCACUUCCUGCGGGGGGACCGCCUCGCCCCCGCGCCGCCCCGGCUCGGCCGGUGUCGGGCUGGCGGCCGGGGGCCCGGCCGGCUCCCGUCUGCCCCGGGUGUCGGCCGGGAGUGGCGGCGAGGUUCGCCCCGCGACUCGGGAGUGCCGAGCGCCCUGGGAAGAGUCGGCGGGAAUGCGGCCAGGCCCGGGCCUGCGUCCUAGAGCGGCGCGCGGGUCCCGCACUUCGGGUUUUGAGACUCUGCGCGAUGUAAUGAGCCAAGGCUGUGCUGAUCCAGCAGUGCUGGUGCAGUGCACGAGGCCGUGCUCCACCCUGCAGCACCGACCAGCAGCCAGCACGCCGCUGCGGGAGCGACGCAGCAGACGCGCCUUCCUGAAGAGGCUUCACCUGCCUGGAGGAGAAAUAUUCUUCUUGAUUCCUGCACCCAAAAUUGAAAUCUACCAUUGAAAUCAACAAAAAAGAAAUGAUAAAAUUUUUUCUUAUGGUUAACAAACAAGGUCAAACAAGACUGUCCAGGUAUUAUGAGCAUGUAGAAAUUAAUAAACGGACAAUGCUGGAAGCUGAAGUAAUUAAAAACUGUCUCUCCCGAUCAAAGGAUGAGUGCUCCUUCAUUGAGUAUAAGGACUUCAAGCUGGUGUACAGACAGUAUGCAGCCCUUUUCAUAGUUGUUGGCAUCGACCAGACAGAGAAUGAGAUGGCAGUAUAUGAACUGAUUCAUAAUUUUGUGGAAGUUUUGGACAAAUACUUCAGCAGAGUGAGUGAAUUAGAUGUAUCCUUUUCAAUCAUGUUCAAUUUGGACAGGGUGCACAUAAUUUUGGAUGAAAUGGUGCUAAAUGGAUGCAUCGUGGAAACGAACCGGAACAGAAUUCUUGCCCCUCUGUUUGUGCUUGACAAAGUGGCAGAAGGCUAGGAAGAUGCAAGAGUGAUGAAGGCAUUCUACAAAAGAUGGCAAAAGCAUCAAGAAUGUGCCUAUAGCAGUUUUCUGCUGUUGCAAGACUGACCCAUGCAACGUUCAAAUUAGUUGGAAAAUAUUUUCCAUUUCUCUUAUACUCUUUGUACCCAAGGGGGAAGAUACAGCUGAACAUGUGGAUGCAUUCAGAUGCAGCUUCACUGACCCAGCAGAAAUCUUCCCAGAAUGGUCAGUAAUUUUAAAACAUUUUGAGGAUGAAGAAAUGGAAACUUACCAUGACUGACUAGGUAUCACUUUGAAUUAUGUAGUAUCAUGCCAGAUCUAGAAGACAAAAAACAUAGAAACAUAAAAUCAAACUGAGCUUCAGUCUUUCCCUCAAGCACCAACUUAUUUUCAUACAAAUUUACUGUUAAUAAUAGUUGUGUGACUUUUAUGCUCAGUUUUUAAACUAUAUUCAUCCUUCACCAAAAAGCUGAUUUCUCUCCCUUUGCCAUGCAAGUCAUGAACAAAAAAAGAAAGUACAGAUGUAUUAAGUAUUUCUGCACACUUUGCAAGUUGUAACUGGAAUUAUUUAGCACUUAAAUAUUAUAAUAUUAAUAAAAGAUAAUUAAAAUCAGAAGUUUAAUGUU